AUGAUUCCGGAACCGACAGAGACCGAACUAUCGUUUUUGACCUGGCACCACCCAUCCUCUGGGAUAUUUAUAAACCCGGUAACACUUGAGCGGUACUGCCCACUUGAUAACGGCAGGCUCAAGCGGUGUACCUUUUCGAGUUGCGGGACCUCUUCGAACCAACUAGGAGCUUUCAGUUCAAUACCCGUCGAAAUUUCUUAUUCAAUAUUAGAAAUACUUGACAUUCAAAGUUUAACGGCAUGCAGGGCUAUCAAUUGGUAUUUCAGAUCUCUCGUGGACGAGCUCUUGCCGUAUAAAUCAAUCUUUAAAGAUUGCCCGGAGGUUUUAAGGGCAUUAUUAUCAACAAAAUCGGCAUCCAAUUUCACGAUCAGACAAAUUUACGAAACAUUGUGUUCGCAAGCCUGUUCUGAAUGCGGACAAUUUGCCCCGUUUUUGGACCUAUUCACGGGUUGUAGGAAUUGCUUCCCUUGUAUCCUCAAGUCCCCUAAUUUACGCGCCCUCCCAAAAUCGACAUUGGAAAAACGACUUGGUCGUCGAAUCCCAUCGGAAACUCUCCUAACUGUCCCGGGAGAGUAUGCCCAAAUAGGCAGGAGGUAUAAGCAGCGAUAUCGGUUGGUACGUCUCUCGCAAUCCAUGAUUGAAGAACUGCAAGGAGACCCGCAUGAUGGCUUUGCCAAGGACCAAUAUCGUUAUAUGCCUAUGAUGCGGGUGCCUGUGCUGGGAAUGAUUAGCGGCGGAGAAAUUGAGCGAGGGAGAUGUUGUCAAGCCUGCCAUCUCGGCCCCCGGGAAGAAAUAGAAGGGUAUCAAGAUUGGAAUACUUCCUAUUCAAGGUCUGGGUAUUUGGAACAUUUCAAGGUGUGCAAGAUGGCACAAAUAGCCAGAGCGGCCCUGCCACAAUAUAUCAAACCCUCGGAGGAAAUUAGCCGGAGCGCUAAGUACCAGUUUCAAGGAUUCAUCAGUGAUUAUAGAUUUAAAGUACUGUUCAGUCAAUCAUUUUGA